CUGGUGUUUCUCAGUGCAGGUGAUUGUCAGCAGCAGCAGAGACUGUGAGGGAAUCACCAAGCACACGAGCUCUCUUCACUCUCACGCUCCUCUAGUGCACUACAGACCUUCAUUACUCCAGUCUGUCGAUGUAAGACGCGGAUGACAAAGUUGAAAUCGCAGGUGCACGAAGCGAACCGUCCAUUUGCAGAGGUUAUAAAGAAGAAGGAGGAUUAUAUCGCGUGCCAUUCUGUGAUGGCUUUAUAAUGCUGUACGUGAGAUCUCUGGGAACAAUCGUGAGCAGAAUGCAUAGACACACGGCAAGAGCGUCCUUCCUCGUCCUCUUCCUCAUCAUUAGCCUGAUGUGGCCCAUACAUUCAGAGAUCUCCAACUGUGUCAUCAAGCGUGAGGAGGAGAGAUGCUUGGAGCAAAUCAGGCUACAUGACCCCAAAGAAGAUGAAAAGUUUGAGUGUCCGUGGGAGUGGGACAAUCUGACCUGCUGGAAGGCUGCCGCUGUUGGUGAGGUCAUGGAGGUCAACUGUCCCGAGCUCUUUGAGUUCAUGAGUCCAGAAGAGGGACCUGGCAAGAUCAGCAGAAACUGUACGGAGUUCGGUUGGUCUGAACCGUAUCCACAUUAUGUUGAUGCCUGUAUGACAGAUGACAACACAACCAAGCCUGACAUGUACUAUGCAUCUGUGAAGGCUCUCUAUACAGUUGGCUACAGCACAUCUCUGGUGUCUCUGACCACAGCUAUGGUCAUUCUGUGUCGGUUCAGGAAGCUUCACUGCACCCGGAACUUCAUCCACAUGAACCUGUUUGUGUCCUUCAUCCUGAGAGCCAUCUCUGUGUUCAUUAAAGAUGGGGUUUUGUAUGCAGAGGAGGACAGUGACCACUGCUUUGUUCAUACUGUGGGGUGUAAGGCAGUGAUGGUCUUCUUCCAUUACUGUGUGAUGUCAAACUACUUCUGGCUCUUCAUCGAAGGUCUCUAUCUCUUCACACUGCUGGUGGAAACCUUCUUCCCUGAGAGACGCUACUUCUACUGGUACACUAUCAUCGGUUGGGGAACGCCCACCAUUUGUGUGACCAUAUGGGCUGUUCUGCGUCUUCAUUUUGAUGAUUCUGGUUGCUGGGACAUGAAUGAUUAUACUGCCCUCUGGUGGGUGAUCAAGGGACCUGUUGUGGCAUCAAUCAUGAUUAAUUUCGUCCUCUUCAUUGGAAUCAUCAUAAUCCUGGUGCAGAAGCUGCAGUCUCCAGACAUUGGCGGGAACGAGUCCAGCAUCUACCUCAGCUGUGCACAGAAAUGCUUCAGUGAGCCCACACAGGCCGCCCAGCAUUCGUGCAGGAUGUCAGAGCUUUCUACCAUCACGCUGCGGCUGGCGCGGUCCACCCUGCUCCUCAUCCCUCUGUUUGGAAUCCACUACACUGUGUUUGCCUUCUCCCCGGAGGAUUUCAGCAAGCGGGAGCGACUGGUGUUUGAGCUGGGCCUGGGCUCCUUCCAGGGCUUUGUGGUGGCCGUGCUGUACUGCUUUCUGAAUGGAGAGUUUCUCCCUAAAGGUGCAGUCGGAGAUAAAGAGGAAAUGGAGGAGUUGGACGGUGAACAGGUACUUUGCUGUGGACCUGAAGCAGCAGCGUCACCCUUCGCUAGCGAGCAGUGGGGUGAACGGGGGGACGCAGCUGUCCAUCCUCAGCAAGAGCAGCUCACAGAUACGCAUGUCCAGCCCACUGGCCGAGACGGUCAACCUCAACCUGCCCACCUGAGCGCCUGAUUGGCCCACUCCUCUGCCCGUCAGUCCCUAAAGCCCCGCCCUUCAACUCACCCUCUUCACCUGCAGUAGGGCCGGCCAAUCACAAUUAGAGAAGAACUAUUAAUUAUUCAUGAAUUCUCUGGAUAGUAUUUAAAGAUUCCCAACAAGAUCCACCAUUUAUCAGUUAGAAAAGAUUCAUCCAGGGAUAUAUUUAUAGUGCCAAAACUGUUUUGAGAUUAUGCUAACAAAAGUUGCAAUUCAGGUUAGGAAGCUUUUUGACCAUAACGCAACUUUUUGAAGGCUUUCUAAUUAAUCUAAUAAGAAAACAACAAUAUGAGCAUAAAAGAAUGUCAUUUUAUCACAAGGGUUGUAAGUUCUUUCUCAGUCAAUAAUAAUGCAGAGCAGGGGCUGUACGCUUCACAUUGCUGCCAUAAACGCCAAAAUGAGAUCGCAGCAGAAAUUCCAGUGAAUUUUCAUAUCGCAUUAUGAGCCAUAGAGAAUGUGAAUCGUUUGUGGUUAGAAUGUAGUCAGAGAAACAUCCAUUUCAAACAUUCAUUUCUGUCAAACCAAUAGCACAUUGCUUUCUAGUUAUGAACGUUAGUGUCUAAUCAGAGAGAGAGACGGGUUACAAUUCAGUGUUAUGAUAAGAAAAAAUAAUAACAUAAAGUGCCAAAACAUGACUAUUUAAGUACGGUUUUAUCUGCAAGCUACUGUGUUUAUCAUACACUAUAAAAGAAAAUGUACAGACUUCGUGUUGCUCGUUCAAAUGCUGUGUAUUUGAUUAAAUGUUCACAGAGAGAUUGUAAAACAUAUUUUUUUACAAUCAGCCGUAAGUACAGAGUAUGUCAACAAUAUAAAGACUUAUGAAUGACUCAUGAAUUUAGAUUAUAUGUAAAUGUUGUUAUGGUUUGUGUUUCGAUUUAGCUUUCAGACUAUAUUCUUCUUGCCAUGCGAAUGGUUUAUAACUACACAGAGCCAAUAUAAACAAAUCAAGGAUUGUCAAAAAAAAAGUUAGUGAACAAUUACCGGAACUAUUCCCGCAGUUCCCUCUGAUGUAUUCUGAAGUGCCUGUUGGUCACAAAAAUAGCUUUGAUGGAUCUAUUCUAAACAACCAGUGCCAUGCAGUAUCGAUUUAAUUAUUAGUCAUUUAGUAGAUUAACAGAUUCAGUGUUCAGAUUGCUGUUACAAUCUUUAAUUUAUACAGAGUAGGAAUAUAUUCAUUUUUAUGUGGUAUUAGAGUGCAUAUAUAAGCUUUGAGAUGCGCAAAUCAAUGCCAUCACGUUACUAUCAGGUGCAUUAUAAAUGCUUUUUAGGGCUGACAUGUUCAACUGUGGGAGAAAGGCGACAUCUGAGUGCAGUGUGAUCGUGUUAAAGGGGUAUUUCACCCAAAAUUGUAGAUUCUGUCAUCAUGUGUACUGACAUUCAAGUCUUUCCAAACCUGACUUUUUGAAUGUUUAUCGUCUUAGAAUGAAACCAUACAGUAUGUCAAGCUCCAAAAGGCCAAAAAAGCACUUUUAGUGCCAUAAACUGUAAACUUUUUGGUGGCUAUAUGAUUUUAUUAAAUGAGAAAAGUGUUUGAAAUGGCAUGAUGAUGAGUAAAUGAUGACAGUUUUUAAUUCUUUUUGGAUUGAACCCUUUUAAAGCUUGAGAGACAGUUAACCCCAACCCUUUACAAGUACAAUCUCUGAUGUCAAUUUAUGAAUCCAACCAAAUUUACUCCAUCACCACUGACUGACAAUCAUAAUUAGUUAUCACUCACAUUUUACAUGUUUGAUCACAAGAACAAUGUGCAUCAGUGUAUAAAGCGGCAACGCUCUCUGCUAACAGUGUUGUUUAUUUCCAGUACAGUAUUAUUCUCUGCUGUGAAGUUCUACAGUGUAAAUUCUCUGUAUAUGUUAAAGACGCACAUGUGCCAGUAAAUGAUGGAUGUACCAGCACUCUCUCUUUACAUUAGCCAACAAGUCAACAUGAAGUACCAACGAUGUAUGUAAAACUUCUGUGAUUAUGAACGUGCCAGUUUUGAAGUGCAAUAUGCUUUUGUUGCAGCUCAUAGUUGUCUGUGUAUUAUAUUGGAGGCAGAGUUGAGAUGAUUGAAAUGUACAGUGAAAGUAAUGGUCGUGUAGAUCGCACAAAUCUUUCUUUUAAAUGAUGUGGAAAAUAAUGUCCCCCCCCCGAUGGAUGUGUAAAUUGUGCCACUAGAAUCAUCACCAAACGAAAGUGCAAAAAUAAUGACAGGUUUCGUACACUCUCCCCAUCUUCCAUUGGCCGGAUAAAAAAAUAGCCCCGCCCCAAACUUGCGCCAUUGGUUGAAACACAAUUGCAGUUCUUUUAAAAGUAAUAUUUUUGGAUAUAAAAUAUGUUUUAUUCUUAAUAGAGAUGUGUAGCUGGCUUUGCUUAAAAAGUGUAAACACUGUGGCUCUUUGGUGCUAUAAAAACAUGUUUGUUUUCAGCACCACAAACAGCAACAUUAGUUCAACCAAUGGCAUGAGUUUGGGGCGGGGCUGUAUGUGUUUGCCAACCAAUGGAAGACAAGGUGAGUCAAUAAAUAAAAUAUUUCAUGAGUGCUCACCAGUGAUGAAAACUCUUUGUAUAGGCCUAUUUGUUUGACCUUUAACCUUGUCAUUUUCAGCCUGUAAAUAUUAAUGAUCUUGAACAAGCUCUCAGUGAUAGUGAACUUGUCUGUUGAAAUAAAUUGUGAAAUCCUAACAGAGUGUCAUUAACAAAGCAUCAGAUGUUGCUUGGAUCAUGUGACCUAGCUUCAUAUGUGUUUGGAUAUAGUAACGGGAGGGCCGAGCUCCCUCUGUGGCUCUUUCUAGAUAUAACUGCAUGAAAAAGACAAAAAAAGAGAAUUUUGCUGCUUUCUAUGUUCUUGACACCAGCCGUCAUUCUGAGUGUGAGCGCUCAGAAGGUAACGACCAUGUCUCAAAGCUGUUACAGACGUGUUUUCUUGUGCUUGUAAUACAUCUAUCUGCCAGUAGAUGACGCUUUUAUUUGAUUGUAUAUUUGAGCGCUGUAUAUUUGAGGAAUGAGGAUUGUCUCUUGUGUAGGUCUGAUGUUUCAUUGUCUUUGAGAUGUCUUCAUGUUGUGGACUAACUCAUUUCAGUCUGAAUGUAACACCCGGACAACAACUGUAUUGUACAUUCAGCUGCUCUGUAAAGCUGCCUGCUCUUUCUUCUGCUUUGAUGUAGAGAUGAUGUCUAUGUUUGACCUGUGAACAUUUUUGUACGUGUCUGAAUUCCAUUCUUGACAAACAACUCUUGAAUUUCUGGAA